CGCGCGGGAUCGCGUCUCGACGGGUUCCCGAGAGCUCGCGUCGCGAAGCCUCGAGCGCGAGGCCGACACACGGUUUCGCCGAGACGGCGAUUCGCGCGAGCGAACUCGCGAAGGCGACGGACUCGAGGGUUGAACGCGGGGAGAUCUCGUCGCGUAGACGACGUCAUGGUGGCGAGUACGAAGGCGCGUCGCGGCGCGCGCGGUGAUCACGAGGUGAUUGAUCGCAAGGAGGCGCACGCCGAGGCGACGACGAAGGGGGGACACAUGAGCACGAGAAAUCGGGGCGACGCGCACGUCGACGAGGAUGGGAAGAGAACGCCGGAUAAUGUGCUGGUAAACACGCUCGCUAAGGGACGGGCGGUGCCGACGUCGUCCAGCGAUACCGAUGAGGAGGCGAUGAUGGUGAAGAGAGCGAAGAAGAAUUGGAGCGCCGACGCGGUGGCGCUCGGGUACGAAAUCGGCACCAUCAAACACAGCGCGUACGUGUUGCUCGCGGAGAGCGGCACGCGCGGGAUGACCGUGGCAUCGAUCGUGGGGACGGCGCAGAGAUUAUCGAUGUACAGUUGGGGGACGUGUAAGACGCCGAACAACUCCGUCACCGCGGCGCUGAGUCAGGAUGAAACCUUUGUCCGAAUCGCGCCGUCGACGUACUGCUUGCGUUCGCAGCUGCGCGGCAGCGGCAACGACUUGCCAGCCCCGCGCACGUCGAGUGGAUCCCACGACAGUGGCACCACUGGAAUUGGACACGGUAACGGCAGAAAUGGCGACAGCGGUGCGUGUCAGUCGGGCCAAGGGCACGGCAGACAACAGAAGAAGCAUCGCGCGCCGCAGUACGCGCCGCGCGCGCGGUCGCCCAUGCACUUCGUCGUCGACGAACCUUACAACAGUGGCUACGAUGACGACGAGGCGGUGAACAUACACGUCGAAGACUCUUUCGAUCGGUUCGAUCGCAUGGGAGAUGCGAAGAGAACGGCCGACGCGCUCGCGCAAGAGAGUUACCGACGACGCAUGGACGUCUACGGCCACAACGUGGGCGACGAGUUCGGAACAUCUUUCCAUUUUCCCCCUACGGAAAUUGUUCGUCCCGAUCACUCCCCCGAAGCCGCCGUCGCCGGCAGUUGUUUGUUGUACUAUCCCACUGCGCGCGCCGCCGAGCGCACGGGGACAAGUCGAAGCCUUCGAGUUCUACGACGCUCCCUACUUGGGUGCUCGAGCAGUACUUGGAGGAGCAUAAUCAGAUACUCUGUGACGAUCUCUAACAAGGGCGACCACACUCGCUUUCAAGGAAGAGAUCGUCGUCGAGUUAAUAUUUUGUCUCGUCCAACCAACGUGUACAACAAAACAAAACAAUCCCAGCAACUGUAGUUUACUUACCAGGAUGAUGUUGUAACUCCAC